AUGCCAAAUCAUGUUGAAAUGGCUUCUCAUUGCUUGGUUCGAUGGGAAGAUAGUGUCAAUCAAUUUGCAGUUGUUGAUACAAAACAAUCAAAAUCAGUAUCUCCAUUAAAAAUCGGUCUCAAAACCUGCUUUGAGGGUUUUCAACGUGAACGUCGUCGAGGAACAAUUCUUUUUUUAGACUUUUUUUCACGAAAUAGCAAUUUAGAACAUCAAAUUGCAUGUAUCCACAUAUUGAUUAAAUUUUUUAUUUAUUUUCUAGGUUCAAAAAAAGAUUGUUGUGCUUAUGGACUUGAUUUAGCUGGUGAUGAUGGACAUGUGAAUAUUUAUCAAUGGAGUGUUCCUCCUGGUCUUCGGGAAGAAUCAGAAGAAAUUGCUCAAACAAUUCGUGAAAGUACUUCUUCAUUUAAGCGAACAAUAUCAACCAUGUCGUCAUCAUCAUCGAGUUCAACAACAACAGCAACAAAACAAAAGAAAAAAAAGGUUAACAAUAACAAUCCAAACGAUGAUGAACCAACAACAAAAGAUAAAUCGAUGCCAUCACCUUCAUUAGCAUCAACAACUACAAUAUGUGAUACAUUUAAUGCAUCUGAUAAAUGUGUUAGUCAAGGAUGUGGGUGUGGGUAG